AUGGGCCCAGGAUCUCGUAUCAUGUUGUCUCCUGCAAGUAGCGAAGGUGAUGGUCAAGAUGAGAUGACGAGGUUAAGACAUGCAUUGCAACAUGCGAGGCAUAGCCCAAGAAAGGUACUGCUUCGUGAGAUUCUCCGAUUACCUUCAACUGGCUCGAUAUUGCGACGUAGUGAAUCCAUGGAACGGCGAAGGCGUAGCUUGAGCCUCUCUUCUCCAGAAAGGCCUAUUACCGCAUCAGGAUCGGGAACAAUACCAGUUACUGCUGAAAUUGAUGCGAAAAGGUUUCGUCUGAGAGCAUGGCUGGUGAAUACAAUUUUGGAACCUCUUAAUCAGCGCAUCAAGGAGACAAAUGCGAAACUAGAAAAGGAACAUGCAAGCCCUCCAAUCAAGAUAGGUUUCUCUUCUGUGGAUGCACUUCAAGCUGCUAUGGUUAAUCGGCCUGAACUACUUGAUACCAUGCUCCCAUACAUACUACCUUUCCUUCAUGUUCAUAGUAAUCAGAGCUAUUUGGUUAGUCGUAUCUCAGAACUUGCUGCCGACAAGUUUAUGAUGGACUAUUGUUGGAACGGUGGUGGCAAAGAGCCAGUGCAAGAAAAAACACGUCGACCUUGGGGUGAACAUUUGCCUACAGACGCAGUAUUGGUCUUCUCACUUUUCUCUGCUUACAUGGACAGCCAAUUGACGUCAAACCCACUAGGAAACUCUUUGGAUCAGUUACUUAUAAUGAUUCUUCUACGAGCUCCUCAAAGGCCGAACGCUGUACAUUUGGCUGCUGAGAGUUUCUAUCUUCAUAUGAGUAACUCCUCUCCUCCUCAUUUCGAUUUUGUUUUCAAUGACACCGACGGAUCGCCAUCGCGUGCUGCCAUUCCACGAGGAGCGAGAAAUUUGUUUUCUGCGAUCUUAUCCUUCAUUAACCAUGUCAAUAACGGUGGACGGCUUGAUCGGAUGAGCAUUGGCCCUACAGGUCUAAACAUUGCGUGUGUUUUGGAGUGA